AUGGAGAAUUUCGUUUGGACAGUGGGAGUAAUCUUCGAACCUCAAUAUGGAUAUUGUCGGAGGAUGUUAACGAAGGUGAAUGCGUUAAUAACAACAAUUGAUGAUGUGUACGAUGUUUAUGGCACCUUGGAUGAACUUAAGCUCUUUACUAACGCUGUGGAAAGAUGGGACAUUAAUGCAAUGGAGCAGCUUCCAGAGUACAUGCAAAUAUGCUUCCUUGCCCUCUACGACUCCAUUAAUGAAAUGGCUGAUGAUGCUCUUAAAGAACAAGGCGUUCACGUCAUUCCCUACCUAAGAAAGGCGUGGGCAGACUUAUGCAAAACUUACUUACAAGAGGUAACGUGGUACGUGAAUGGAUAUACACCUACCUUGGAAGAAUACUUGGACAAUGCAUGGAUUUCAAUAUCAGCCCCAGUAAUACUAGUACAUGCUUAUUUCUUUGUUUCAAGUGCGGUAACAAUAGAGGCCUUGGAAUGCUUGGACAAGUAUCAUGACAUAAUCCGCUGGUCAUCAAUGAUUUUAAGACUUGCAAAUGAUUUAGGGGCAUCAUCGGAUGAGAUGAAAAGAGGGGAUGUGCCUAAAUCAAUUCAACGUUACAUGAAUCAGACUGGGGCUUCCAAAGAAGAAGCUCGCAAACACAUAAGAUUCUUGAUCAGAGAGACACGGAAGAAAAUGAAUGUAGCUCGAGUUGCAGACUCACCUUUCUCUCAAACUUUCAUUGGAAUGGCAGUGAACCUCGGCAUGAUGGACCAGUGCAUGUACCAACAUGGAGAUGGGCAUGUUUCUCAAAGUAGCGUGACCAAGGAUCGCAUAUUAGCAUUGCUUGUUGAGCCUAUUACUCUUCUAUAA